GAAUAGUUUGAAACAAUAUUGCAACAAAGCAAAGGAAAGUUUUUAUAAGUUGAGGUAAGCCUGGUGUUUUCCGCGUUUCAAAAACCCAUGUUAAGCGUUCAUGAAAAUACCCUGAGGUAAACAUUAAAAAUGGCUUAUGAAAAUCUGGUCGAAUUAUCAAUUAUCCGAGAAAUACGAAGAAGUUAUGGUUCUCAGUGGAGUGGGGGAUGCUCUAGGUUAUAAGAAUGGUUUGUGGGAAUUCUGUUACAGUGGUACUCAAAUUCAUGAAGAACUAAAAAAACUCGGAGGACUUGAUAAAAUUGACAUUAAAAGAUGGAGGGUUAGUGACGACACUGUACUACACAUUGCUACAGCAGAAGCGUUGGUUUCUGUAUGGGCAACAACGGAAGAGUUAUUGAGCAUUAUGGCUACAAAGUACAAGAAGACAUGUGCUGAGGAUAUGUGGGAAAGAGCUCCUGGUCAGACCACAACAAAAGCAUGUUUUAUGUUACGACCUCUUGAGGAAAAAGGUUACAUUAUACCAUUUAAUGAACGAGGUGGAGGAUGUGGUGCAGCUAUGAGAUCCAUGUGUAUAGGUUUGAUGUUUCCUUGUGAAGAUCAAAUUGAAAUGUUAAUUGAAAUUGCUGUUGAAAGUGGAAGGAUGACUCAUAAUCACCCCACAGGUUAUCUUGGGGCUGUUACUGCAGCUUUAUUUACAGCCUAUGCUAUACAGAAGAUACCCAAAAAAUGGGGAGCAGGACUUUUAGAUGUUUUACCCAAAGUUUGGGAAUACAUUGAAAAGGUUGGUCGUGAUGUAGAAGACAACAAAGCUUGGGGCUACUUUAAAACAGUUGGGAGUCAUAUCUUGAACUACGGGAUUAACAAAUGGAACCAUUAUGCAGGUUGGGGUGGGUCCAGUGGUCAUGAUGCACCAAUGAUUGCUUACGAUGCUUUGAUGAUUGUAAAAGAUUCCUGGUUUCAAUUGUGUUCUUAUUCUAUGUUUCAUGGUUGA